UUAAAAUUGCACAAAACUCGGUCAACCCCGGUUCGUCCGGUCGACACAACCCGUUGUUUGCCCCCUCCAAAAAGUCGAAGACGCUACGGUCCCUGCGUUGUUCCCUCGCAAAACCCUAGGCUUACUCCUCAUUCUCUGUCUUCUUUUUUGUCUAUUUGAGGGGGUUAAUAUUGCAGGUCUCCUGGAUUCGAUGCACCUGCUAGAAGCCAUGUCCAUAUCUUCUCUUUCUUCUUCUUCGCCUUCUAGUUUCUCCACCGUCUUCUUAUUCUCUGUAUUGCUUUCCGGGGCGUCGUUAUAUGUUCUUUCAGGGGUCCUAAACUCGACGCAACAGCCUUUGGGCAUGUUGUUUUCGUCUUCUUAUACUCUCUUCCUUCCGUAAUUCUCUUUCUCCGAUUGGACAUUGUAGUUUGUUCUCGGGGCUAAGUAGCAAUACCAGAAGCAGUAAUGGCAAGGUGGGUCUAUCUUCUUCCAAAAUUGCCCCAUAGUUCGUCAUCGCUUCCACUCUGCAAGUGUCUCAGCUCCAACUCUGCACCAGACAAUCUCAAUCCAUUCUCAGACUCUCAGCACGCAACAAACAACAAUUCCACGAACCCUGAAGAGCACCAACGCCAUGAGCAAAUACGCAAGCUUCGAAUCCUUCUUCAGCAGGGUCGCUCUGACUCCGCCCGGAAGCUUAUAGAAUCUCUCAUCCUUCCAAACUCUCCUUUCUCUUCACCUUCUGAUCUCUUUACCCAUUUUUCACUUUCUUCUCCCUCAAUGAAACACGCUUUCUCAAGCGAGCUUUUGUCUGUAUGUUCAGAAAGGAACAUGACCGCAGAAGUGGUCGAUUUGUUCAUGUUAAUGAAGACGUGUGGUAUGUCUCCAUCAAUGUCUAAUCUCAAAGGCGUACUUGAAUCUCUUAUAUCUUCAAAGCAGUUUGACAAAGUCCUGAAUUUGUUUUCAGCAGUUGUCGAUUUGGGCAUUCGCCCUGAGCGAUUUGCAUAUGACAAAGCAGUCCAGGCAGCAGUGAAGUUAGGAAAUUUGAAGAGGGGUUUGGAGGUGAUGAAUUGUAUGCGGAAAGAUGGGGUGAACCUUGGUGUGUUUACUUAUAAUGUUAUGAUUUCAGGAUUUUGUAAGGAGAAGAGAAUGGAGGAUGCACAAGACUUAUUUAAUGAAAUGCUUAAGAAGAAGGUGGCGCCAAAUAGGAUUACUUAUAAUACACUGAUUGAUGGGUAUUGUAAGGUUGGGAAUUUGGAGGAAGCUUUUAAUGUUCGAGAACGGAUGAAGACAGAAAAUAUAGCACCAAACCUUGUUACAUUCAAUUCUUUGCUAAGUGGGUUGUGUCGGGGUCAGAGGAUGGAGGACUCAAAUAGGGUGCUGGAUGAGAUGGCAGCUUAUGGAUUUGUUCCAGAUGGAUUUACUUAUAGCAUACUUUUUGAUGGACAUUCAAAGCGUGGAAAUGCUGAUGCUUCGUUUGCAUUAUAUGAGGAAGCAAUAAGGAAAGGGUUUCAAUUGAAUGAUUAUACUUGUAGUAUUUUAUUAAAUGGCUUAUGCAAGGAACGAAAAAUGGAUAAGGCAGAGAAGGUUUUGAGGAAGUUAUUGGAUGAUGGGUUUGUCCCAACAGAGGUUCUUUAUAACACAAUUGUCGAAGGAUAUUGUCAAGCUGGUGACAUGGAAAAAGCCCUGUCCACAUUUGAAAAGAUGGAAACCCUUGGACUAAGGCCUAACUUCAUUACAUACAAUUCUUUGAUCAAGAAAUUCUGUGAAUUGAGAAAUAUUGAGAAGGCAGAGGAGUGGGUUAGAAAGAUGGCAGAAAGGGGAGUUUCCCCGACUGUGGAGACAUAUAAUAUCCUAAUUGAUGGCUAUGGACGAAUGUGCCAUUUUGAGAAGUGUUUCCAGAUUCUUGAAGAGAUGGAAAAUAAGGGAUUAAAACCCACUGUUAUAAGCUAUGGUUCUCUGAUAAAUUGUUUAUGCAAGGAAGCUAAGCUUCUUGAAGCUCAAAUAAUCCUUAGGGAUAUGCUGGACAGGGGGGUUUCACCAAAUGCACAAAUAUAUAACAUGCUCAUUGAUGGUCAUUGUCGAGCAGGGAAGUUGAAUGAUGCUCUCCGAUUUGUUGAUGAGAUGUUACCAAAUGGGAUUGUUCCUACGCUUGUAACAUACAAUACAGUCAUUAAUGGGCUUUGCAAAAAGGGGCGAGUAAUGGAAGCCGAAGACUUGGCUUUUAAGAUGACAAGAAAAGGUCUAAGUCUUGAUUUGAUUACAUACAACUCCCUAAUAUCAGGUUAUUCCAAUGUGGGAAACAUCCAAAAGUCUUUUGAGUUGUAUGAGACUAUGAAGAAGUCAGGUAUUGCUCCUACCUUGAGGACAUAUCAUCCUCUAAUUAGUGGGUGUGGUAAGCAAGAACUGAUCCUAGUAGAGAAAUUGUUUGAAGAAAUGUUGGGGAUGGAUGUGGUUCCUGAUAGAGUUGUAUAUAAUGCCCUAAUUCAUUUUCAUGCAGAGCAUGGAGAUGUUCAAAAGGCAUUUGCUUUGCACCAUGACAUGGUAAGCAGGGGAAUUCAGCCUGACAGAAUGACUUAUAAUAGUUUGAUUCUGGGGCAUUUUAGAGAAGGAAAGUUGCAUAGAGUAAAAAAUCUUGUCAACGAUAUGAAGGCUAGUGGAUUGGUUCCUAGAGGUGAUACUUAUAACACUUUGAUUGAGGGGUGUUGCAAACUUAGGGAUUUCAGUGGGGCGUAUGUUUGGUACCGAGAAAUGUAUGAGAAUGGUUUCCUCCCAAAUGCUUGUACUUGUAAUGAGCUGAUAGCUGGCCUUAAUAAUGAGGAAAGUUUCCAAGAGGUCAAGAUUCUCUGCUCUGAAAUGAAUAUUAAAGGUGUGAAUGAUGGGGACAAUGUCAUGGAUCAAUCUGCCCAUGCCUGAAUGUGGUGGAGAGAUGGUUGAGGCUGUUAAUAUCUUGAUUCAAUCUUUUAUUGCUGAAGAAAAACUAGGUGAAUGAUAGAGAGAGCCAUUGUGUGCAUAAGUUCAUAUAUGGCAUGGUUAUAUGCCUAGAAGCAGGACUAGGAGAUUUGGGAUGCACUGCAAGCUGCUGGAUCUGAUUUAACCUGCUGUGCUGACUUGAUAAACCUGUCUAUUCCCAUUUUUUGAUGAAGUGCUGUUGCAGACUGGGUAGACGAAAAGAGCUGUUGUGCAUAUCAACUGUUUCUUGCCCCCUUGGAUGUUCAAUGAAAUUGGUAAUUGGUUGUACCGUAUCCUCCUCUUCUAAGGGAAGAAACAAGUGCAAUAGUGAAUGCCUUUCAGUUUUUGGACUUGUUAGCUAAGUUUAACAAGGUGGGUCGUGACUGCGAGCAACGGAGACUGUGGAUGGUAAUGAAGAUGUGUUUCGGAAAUCGGGUUGAUCGAACGUUCAACUGAUACACAGAAGUCGUGUCUGCAUUCGGACUUUACUUUGAUCAAUGAGACUUGAGGACGGAAGACGUUAAUCCGUAGGUUUGGUGUCGUAUGUGGAAGUCCGAAGGACUCGUUGGUGGUUGGAGUUCCUAUGUAAAUUAAAAAAAAAAAAAAGGUGGGUCAUGGUCUAAUGGUUCUGCCAGAUUGGAAGAGCCCCUUUGAGGAUGGACCAAGUUAGGCUUUAGGAUCACCUCAUUUCUUCCAUUAGCUAGCUAAUAUUUUUGGUAGGUUGUGUUUGAUUUUAUUUUAUUAGGGCCUUGUUGUUUUUUAUUUUUUGUCUGUUUUGCUCGAUAAAGAAACAGAUUAUAGAAA